AUGGAUGCGCUGAAGACAGUGUUGGUCGCAAACCGAGGAGAGAUCGCUGUCCGUCUCAUUGAAGCUGCGCGUCGUCUGAAUAUCAAGUCCGUGGCAAUAUUCACCGACGUAGAUGCCACAUCAGCGCACGUUUCUCUAGCAGACAAAGCAUGUCCGCUGCAAGGACCAGCUACCACAGCCUAUCUCGACAUUGAACAAAUUAUCUCAAUAGCCAAAGAGAACAGUGUAGACGCCGUCAUUCCAGGCUAUGGGUUCCUCUCAGAAAACCCCAACUUCGUGAGGCGGCUGAGCGAGAAUGGCAUGGUGUUCGUCGGCCCGUCGACGGAUGUCAUGGAGUCGCUGGGUUUGAAACACACUGCGCGACAAUGCGCGAUAGACGCCUCUAUCCCCAUUGUACCAGGUAGUGUGGGGUUAGUGGUGGAUGAGGAGGAGGCGGUUGGGAUUGCUAGUCAGAUAGGCUUUCCGGUCAUGCUGAAAGCGACAGCGGGAGGUGGGGGGAUGGGUCUCUUGACAUGCGAGACAGAAGCAGAAGUCCGAUCUUCGUUCAAGAGCGUUCAGUCACGGGGGAGUACGCUGUUCAAGAACCCCGGCGUUUUCGUAGAGCGGUAUUUCCCCCGGAGCCACCACAUCGAGGUUCAGGUCUUCGGGAACGGAAGCGGUAAGGCUGUUUCCUUCGGGGAGCGCGAGUGCUCUAUACAGCGUCGACACCAGAAGGUCAUUGAGGAAUGUCCUUCACCGUUUGUAGAAAACCGGUUUCCCGAAUUGCGGGAGGAGCUUACUACCGCGGCGGUGCGAUUCGCAGAGCAUUUAAAUUACGCUUCUGCAGGCACAAUCGAGUUCUUGGUUGAUGACGAUACGGGGAAGUUCUUCUUCCUUGAGAUGAAUACGCGGUUGCAGGUUGAACAUGGGAUUACGGAGAUGUGUUACGGGGUGGACCUGGUAGAGCUGAUGUACUUGCAAGCGGAUGCGCAGCUCUGCGGUCGUGGAGGGAUCGCGGAGUCGGAGCUGCAGCGGCUUCAAGAGAGAUGUCGUCAACCGCAGGGACAUGCCAUCGAGCUGAGGGUCUGCGCGGAGAAUCCAGCGAGAGAUUUUGUCCCUUCGCCGGGAACGCUGAUGGAGGUGGACUGGCAUAUGCUUCCCGGAACUCGAAUCGAUACGUGGGUGCGCCCCGGGAUUGCGAUCAGUCCGAACUACGAUCCGCUUAUCGCGAAAAUCAUGCACCAUGCUCCCACUCGAGAGCAAGCGAUUGAUGGCCUGGUGCAGGUUGUCUCGAAGACGGCUCUGAGUGGGCCUCCAACCAACUUGGAGUUCCUUCGCGCUGUCCUGGAGUCCCCUCCGUUCCAUGAGGGGAAUACCAUCACGACCUUCCUGAAGUCAUUCAACUUUGCCCCUGCUGCCAUUGACGUUGUUUCCGGCGGUGCGAAGACCCUCGUUCAAGACUUCCCCGGGCGGCCAACGAUCGGACGGGGGUUUGGCCAUUCGGGGCCGAUGGAUGCCGUCACAUUCAAGGCUGCGAAUAAGCUGGUAUGUAACGAAGACAGCACGGAGGCGUUGGAGAUCACUCUCAACGGACCCGACUUGAAGUUCCUCGGCGACGCUGUGAUAGCUCUCUGCGGACCUCCGCUGGAAGCAGCCUUGGACGGCAAUCCCAUGCCCCUUUGGACACAAGUUCACGUCCAGGCAGGCCAGCGUUUAAUGAUCGGAAAGGUGAAUGCCUCCGGUGGCUGCCGCGCGUAUUUGGCUGUCCGCGGGGGAUUUCCCAGUGUCCCCCGAUGGUUCGGCUCCAAAUCGACGUGCCCUGAUAUCGGCAUCGGCGGGUAUCAGAACAGAGCGCUGAAAUCGGGGGAUUAUCUCUCCCUCACUCCUCUUUCCAAGCAAUUUGAGAGUCCGAAGUCAUGUCAUAUCCCUGAAUCGGCCCGUCCGCAUUACACCAAGCACUGGGACGUGCAGGUUAUGGGCGGCCCCUUCGAAGAAGGGUAUCUCCUCCCGGAGGAUCUCGAAAUGGUGUACACGUACAAGUGGAAGGUCUCUCACAAUGCUGCGCGAGGAGGCAUCCGACUGAUCGGCCCGCGGCCGCAAUGGGCCCGGCCGGAUGGCGGCGAAGGAGGGUCGCAUCCAAGCAAUGUCAUCGAGUGGGGAUACCCACUGGGGGGUUUGAACUGGACGGGCGAUGAGCCGGUGAUCUUCCCCGUCGACUGUCCCAAUUUCGGAGGGUUCAUUUGUAGUUUGACGGUAGUGAGUGCAGACCUCUGGAAGGUGGGACAGCUGCAGCCAGGCGACACACUCACCUUCCACCGCAUCUCCCUGACCACGGCUCUCAACAGCCGGAGGAAGGUCGACAACUACCUUGCCAGCCUCGAUCGGGCGAUCCGGUCAGGGGACUUUUCAAGCAUUAAGGCCGUCAGUGGCGUCCUUGACGAUCCCGCCGCUGCUCGAUGCACAGACCCGGCUGUUCUCAGACGCCUGGAAGCGACGGAUGGCACGCCCGCCGUGACCUACCGACAGGGUGGCGACAAUUACCUCCUGGUCGAGUACGGCGAUGGCACGUUCGACCUGAACCACAAGUGUCGAGCGACGGCCCUAUCUCGGGCCCUGAGGGCAGCAUCCGAGGGGAUCACCUUCCAGACUGGCUUGGUCAAUACGGUGGGCUGUGGCAGCUCCCUCCAGAUAUACUACGAUGGACUCCAGCUGCCACAACGAAAGCUUCUCGAGCACCUCGUCGCCCUCGAGCGCCAGCUAGGAGACAUUCGGACCAUGAAGAUCGCCAACCGGACCUUCUACCUCCCCUUCGUCUUCGAGCAUCAGACCCUCACCGCAGCUACCGAACGAUACAUGACGAACCAACGGCCCUACGCGUCCUAUCUCCCUGAUAACUUCGAGUUUCUCGCUCGCAACAACGGGAUCUCGCGCGACGAACUCAAGUCAAUCUUUCUCAAGGCAGACUUUGUCGCCGUCGGCGUGGGGUUUGUCAUGGCGCUCCCUCAAUGUCUGCCCGCCGAUCCUCGGCAUCGUCUGCGCUCGCCGAAAAUGAACCCCUCCCGCACAUUCACCCCCGCGGGCGCCGUUUCCUGGGGCGGAUCAUGCAUGGCGCUGUACAACGCCGACGGCCCUGGUGGAUACAUGUUGACCGGUCUGACGAUCCCUGGCGUGGACAUCCUGGGGUCCAAGGAAGGAUUCUCAGCCGAUCGUCCGUGGCUGUUUGAGGACAUGGACAUUAUCAAAUUCUAUGAGGUGCAGCCUGAACAGUUCGAGGAGGAGAUUGCGCUUUGGAGAAGUGGCCGGUACCAGUACAAGAUGUCCGACACCGAGUUUGACAUGGCUGCGCAUAACACACUCUUGGUCAGCACGAAGCGUGAGGUCCAAGAAAUUCGAGAGAGACAGGGCGCGUUUGAGAAGGAGAUGCUCGCGAUCGAGCGACGGCUUUUGACGCAGUGGUCGGAGGAGAAAGCGGCUGGUGGUCCGUCGAUGAACCAAGUGGGCGAGUAUCUGCAAGACCCCCGAUCCGUCAUCCUGGAGUCCCCAAUUAGCGCCAAUGUCUGGAAAGUGCUCGUUCAGGAGGACGACGCGCUCGAAACCGGCCAGGUAGUCAUCAUUCUAGAGGCCAUGAAGCUGGAAAUCAGUAUCCGAGUCGAUGCGCGCUUUGACCAGUGCAGUGUGAGGAAGCUGUUGGUCCAGCCCGGCGACACGAUUGAAGGCGGAAGCCCACUUCUGAUCGGUAUCAAUGGGGAUAAUCCCGAAUAA